CAGGAAGAAGGUGUGUGGACGAGGCAGAGGCUGUUCGUUUGAUCUGACAAAUGUAAAGUGGAAGAGUAGCCCCACAAAGAUCUGACACUGACCUACAUUGGUGCCAGUGAUCAUAAUGGACAGGCCAAGUAUUUUCAAGUGGAUUAUUAAAAAAUAAAUAUGAUGGCCAGCGAGGAUUCACAAGGAGACUUCAACUGGGGUAAAAUCCAGACAGUCGGAAACAUGUACCUGUUGACAGUGGAUGCCAGUGAGUUUUCACCUGUGGAGAUCAUAGUCACCUCUUCAAAUAACCUCAUUGAGGUCAAAGCUGAGAAGGUCAGGGAAGAUGGCACGGUCAUAAACAAUUUCACCCACAAGUUCCAGCUGCCGUUAGAUGUGGAUCCCAUGUCUAUAACGUCAACACUGGCAGAUAAUGGUGCCCUGACUGUCAAAGCUCGCAGGCACCCAACUGACAGCUAA